AUGGUUCGCCCUCUGAUCUGGGGAUGCAUUGGGGCGUGGUUUGCAACGGUGACUAGCGGCGAUUUCGUCUCGACCAACUCCCAACGAUAUAAUCAGGGCGCGCUGGGCCACCGGCCGCACCUGGAAUUCCACUCGAGCAGCGAGUACGCCCCCGUGCUGCAGGUCAACACCUGGGACGCCGACAACAUCUCCGACACGGGCUCGCACAUCUUCCUCCGCCACGACGGGAACGACUCCUCCCCGCUAGCCUCGCCGCUCAUCCUCGACAGCCACGACCUCAGCGCGGUGUACCUCAACCGCUCGUUCAAGAAUGUGUUCGGCACCCGGGUCCAGGAGAACCACGGCAAGAGGUACCUGACCUUCUGGGGCGGGGAGAAGGGCGACGGGAUCGGCGACGGCUACGGCCUGGCGUUCGACGAGACCUAUCGCCUGGCCUACAAGAUCUCAGCCCAGAACCUCCAGGUCCACAGCGACCUCCACGAGUUUGCCUUCACCGGCAACGGCACGGCGCUGGUCACCGGGGUCGACAAGAUCCGCGCGCAGCGGUCUAAUCUGCAAGACGGCUGGGGCACGCCCGAGCGGUUCGAGGUGCUGGAUGCGGUCUUCCAGGAGAUCGACCUCGAGACCAACGAGGUGCUCUUCCACUGGCGGGCCCUGGACCACAUCAACCCGAUGGAGUCGUUCGAGCCCCGGGGGAGCGGGUGGGAUGCGUACCAUCUCAACAGUAUCCAGAAGACACAAGCCGGCAACUACCUCAUCUCCAUCCGCCACAUGCACGCCAUCUACCUCAUCUCGGGCACGACCGGCUCGAUCCUAUGGUCCCUCGGCGGCCCGCGCAACAACUUCAUCGAACUGCCGCCCGCCGCCGGCGUAGCAGACGAAUCCACCGCGCAACCAAUCCUGACCAUGGGCUGGCAGCACCACGCGCGCUUCGUGCCCGGCACCAACGAAACGCAGCUGACCUUCUUCGACAAUCACGUCAAGGUGACCUCGCACGGCACGUGCGACACCGACUGCUCGCGGGGCCUGCACAUCGCCAUCGACACGACCGCCUCCCCGCCGACCGUGCAGCUGCUCCGCGAGUUCCGGCACCCGGCCCGCCUGCAGGCCCAGAGCCAGGGCAGCGUGCAGCCGCUGGCCCCGCAGCCGGACGCCCUCGGCAACGUCUUCAUCGGCUGGGGCCGCUGCCCCUCGUUCACGGAGCACACCGCCUCCGGGGCGACCGUCCUGGACGUCCAGUUUUCGCCCUGGCACAGCCCGGACAUCCCCGACGCGCUGGACAAUUACCGCGCCUACAAGGUGGAUUGGUCCGCCACGCCGUGGUGGGAUCCGGCGAUCGCGCCGCGGAAGGAUGCUCGGGGACGGUUGGUCGUCUACGUGAGCUGGAAUGGGGCCACGGAGGUGAAGACGUGGGUGGUGCGCGGCGCCGCCGGGGAUGUGGCCGCGGCGGAGGACCGAAAGGGCCAGAUCCUGGUGGUCUCGCGGCGGACGGGAUUCGAGACCAAGUUGGUCGUGGGGAGCACGCAGUGGCGGUAUCUGUGGGCGGAGGCGGUCGAUGACCGCGGGAACGUGCUGGCGGCGACGGAUACCGUCGACUUGAAUACGACGGAGUUAGUCUACCGGAGUCUGGAAGCGGCGGACUUUGACCUGGACUCGGGCUCGGAACAUGAGUAUGGGAGUGAUGGGGAGGAUGAGGAGGGCAGCGACGCCGGCGGGGAGGGCAAGGUGUUACAGUCACAGGGGGUGGAUGAGGACAGCCGUGCGCUUCUUCCCAAGGGAGGUUAA